AUGGAAAUAAUGAAUAUUGUGGCCAGAUGGCCAGGAUCUGUGCAUGAUAGCACUGUAUUUGACAACAGUUUACUGUGGGCCCAAUUUGAAAACAAUGAGUAUGAUGGAUGUUUUCUUCUUGGCGAUGGUGGUUAUCCAUGCAGGAGUUAUCUCAUGACUCCCUUACUGAAUCCCACAACUUAUUCCGAAAAAAAAUAUCAAAAAGCCCAAAUAGGUACAAGGAAUGUGAUUGAACGUAUUUUUGGAGUUUUAAAACAACGUUUUCUUGUCUUAUCUGUUGGCAUUCGUACUAAACCAAGCACAGCGUUGACAACAAUUGUUGCUACUGCAGUCUUGUAUAAUAUUUUACUGAAACAAAACGAUGAAAUGCCAUUAAAUGAACAGCUAUUAGACAAUAAUUUAUUAGAAGAACUACCAGCUUUGCCAGUAAGACAGAUCGGAAACGUUGUAAGAAAUGAUGUAAUAGAAACUUAUUUUUCUUAA